AAACAAGAUAUUAUUCCCGACCAUUUACUAACAGAGAAGAUGGUCAAGUUCGCCCCAUGUGCGAAAACAUUCGAAACCAUAAAUAAAUGUGGAUGGAUACCGUGGAAUUUUAACGGGCAAGCUGAAACUGCAUGUAUACAUGUUGUAGUAGAAUAA